AUGGCUGAACCAGAAAGCAACAGCACAGCACCAACAGUAUUCGAUGGCAACUUAACCAAUGUGCGUUGGAACGUCCUUGCAGGGUUGCGUAUAUUCACAUGCACGACGACAAUCUGGCUGAACGUCGCUCUGCUAUCCGUAUUUAUCGUGACGAAAAAACUGCACACUCCCUUCAACACUUACCUAAUCAAUCUUCUUAUAGCGGAUAUUGCUUAUCUGACACUGUCGUCGUUCCAAGGCGUAAUCGAGUGGCUGAAGCCCAACUGGUGGGGUGGUGUUACGCUGUGCUGUUUAUACAAAUACGGGAUCAAUACGCCGGCGGCCUGCAUGGUCUGGGCACAGGUCCUCGUCACUGUUAACCGUCUGUGGGCCGUCACAUUCCCCCAUUCGUACCGCACCCGACAUACCACGCGGUGGGCCGUCGGGGCGUGCGUCGCUAUGUGGGCAGUCAUGCACCUUUUUUAUGCGCCCUAUCUGAUAAUGGAUGUUUGGCGGUAUCCGCUGCCGGGACCGCUGUACGGAUGCCGCAUCAAUGCUGACGCGCAGCCAGUGUAUGUCCGGAUUAUUUUUGUUUCCAUGGCCGAUUUUCCGGUCUUGUUUAUCGUGGCGACCUAUCCGUAUUUGCUGUGGAAGACCGUCAAACGCAAUCGCUGCCUAGCGGUUUCAUCACGAAGGAUUAGUGCAGCCUUUAUACCGGCACCCUGUGGACGACCGCUAGAUAAGGAGCACCGCACCGCCUUUUUGGUGCUGACGUUGCUGACCAUCAGCGUGAUAAUUUUUUUGUCUCCGUUGCCACUCGUGCUGAUGAUUGGGCAGGCCACCCAUGUACUGGCGCCUGGCGCGUCCUUCCGAGCCACACUCUGGCUGCUGGAGAUCCAGGCGGCUGCUGAUACGGUCAUCAUCUUCGUUAGCGUGAAGGAUUUACGAGAGACCAUAUCACAAGCGUUGUGCGUAAAGAGGCAUGCCACGGACAGGCGUUUCUCGCGAAACAACGUUAAUCAAGUCGCACACAGCCCCAUGGUCAUAAUCCAUGGAAGAUAA